AUGCCGCGCCUAGAGGACGUUAAAAUUCCCGCGAAGCUGCAAGCGCUGCUGGAAAAAGCUCCUCCGCCCGCGUCAGGAGCGCCGAUCGGAAGCUCGCUAUUAGGCAUCGGCGGAUUCAGCUUUGGCGGAAGUGGCGGAGGAUCGGCAGCUGCCGCGGGAGCCGGUGGCGGAAGUGGAGGCGGAGGCGGGAUCACCCUCCCCCCGCGCCUCCCCGUGCACCAGCUUGGGGGGGUGAAGAACCGACUUAACUUACAGGUGCAUCACGAUCAGUCGUCGUUCUCGCGUGGGACGUCGCAACCGUCGCCCAAGUCGUCGUCUGCGACACCUCCUGCGAGCCAGGAGCAGCAGAGGCUACUAGUAGGGCCGCCGUCGGUGCUUCAGCAGCAGCAUCUGCGCCCGCCACCAGGGCUAGCCGCAGCGGUAGUUGCGGGAGUGGGUAGAGACACCAGGGACAGCAGAAUCAGUUGUCGCGACGACGAUAAUGACUCCGAAACCGGCAGUGUGAUAUUCUCCCCGGUUCCGCAACCCGCGCACUUGCGGAAAGCCGCUGCGCGGAAAAAGAAGAGCGCGGAGGCCGGCGCAGCUGCGCCGGGUGUUGGGGCAGGAGGAGUGGGGAUCGGGGGAGGAGGGGGAGCGGCGGGUUCAGGAGCGGCAGGCGGUGUUCAGGAAGGUGGAUCAAGUAACAGGACAGGUGCUGCUGGCCAUGGAAGCAUUAGCAAUCAAACCUCCCCCACUCUCUCCUCCCCUUCCAAUGCGCUCUCUCCCCCCGGACUUGGCGCUACCUCUCUCGCCUCUAGCGCCUCCUCCUCCGCCUCUACCUUCUCCUCCGCUUCCGCCUCCGCCUUUUCCUCCGCCACCAGCUCUGGCGGCGCUGACGUGGCGCCGUCACACAGCCAAUCGGGGCGCAGCAGGCAGGGAAUGGCGUCGGGGAAGGGGGAUGAGCAGGGGAAGGGGGGUGCGCCUUCGCAGUCCCCGCGGUAUCAUCCCCCCCGGCCCUCUCCGCCCAAACAGCCGCCGCAGUCGCAGCCGCAACAGCAGCCCCAGCCACAGCAGCAGCAGCAGCAGCAACUGGAACGUUUCCAAAGGGCCAAGAUGAGGCAGCAGCAGCAACAGCAGCAACAACAACAACAGCAGCAGCCACAGCAGGGUGGGAUUCCGUGGCUGAACCGAGACGGGGAUGAUGGUGGCGCGGGGGAGGGAGAGUACGAGGAGGAAGAGGAGGAGGAGGACGGGGACGAGGAGGACGGGGAGAUGGCGGAGGUGGUGCGGCGGGCGCGCACACUACCCAACUCCGCGCAAGAGAGCGGGGGAGUGUUGCACGCGCUCACCGUUGCGCUGCAGGCCGUGCAGGACGAGCAGCAGUACGACCCUUCCCCCUACACCCCCUCGCGCCCCUCCCCGCCUCUCCGCAGCUCCAGCCCAGGCAGCGCAGCCGCGCGCGCGCAUCUGCCCUCCUCCUCCUCCGCCUCCUCCGCCGUUGCUGUGGGGCGUGGGGCAAGCGGCGGUGCUGCGGGCGCAGGGAGAGGCGGAACGGCGUUUCCUCUCUCCUCCUCCUGCAACUCAGUGCCGGGAAGAGCGUCAGGCGCGUCAGGAGCAUCAGGGCCAUCAGGGGGGCCACCAGGGGCGUCAGGGGCAGGCGCGAGUGGCAGCAGUCGCAAGUCCAGCCGUAUGAAGACGUUCAGUGAUGCAUCUGCCAAUGCAGGUCGGGAAGGGCUGGGUAGCGCAGGGGGGGCACGGGGGGCAGGAGGGCCAGGGGGGACGGGGGGAACAGGUGCAGUGGGCAGCGGCGCAUCUGCAGCAGCAGUGGCAGGAGGAGGAGCAGAGGGAUGGGAGAGCAGUGAUGGCGGUGGGGGAUGGAGCGAAGGGUACCCCAUAGGGGAAGUGCCCAUGCGACGCACUAUGAGCAGCCCGCUCAAGAGAGAGUCGUCUCUGUCGUCCUGUGAUGCUGCCAGUGUGGUUGGCAGCGUGUGCGGGAGCGUCGUGAGCAGCAGUGGCGGCAGGAGCAAGAGUGGGAAGAGCAAGGAGGAGAAGCUAGCAGGGCUGCCCAUGCUGCCUCCUCCCCACGCCACUCAGAUUGUCAAGAACCUGUCUCUCCCGAAGAAGCUACCCACGCCCAAGAGUGGCGUGCAGAAGCUGCGCUGUGGUAAAUGCCUCAAGGUCUGCAAGUACCUUCCCUACCAAUUACCCGCCCCCGCCUCCCCUCCGCCAUCCCACCCCGCCCAACCCUCCCUCCCCACCUCCUCCCCGAGCUCUCUCCCCGCGUCCUCCCCCCCCUCCUUCCCCUUAUCCGCGACGUCUUGCACUGUGGCGUCAGGGCCAGGCGCAGGGAUGGGCGGUGGGGCGGGCAGGCAGGGGGGAGCGUAUGGUGUGAGUGGGAGCGGGAAUGGGUAUGGGUAUGGGGGGGAAGAGGAAGGGCGGUGGGGGGCGAAUGCAAGGGGUGGAGAGGGGUGGGAGGCCGGAGGAGGGGUUGGGAUGGGAGGUGGAGGGUAUGGUGAUGAAGGGGGCUAUGGAGGGGAGGGCGGCAGUCCAUAUGGGUAUGGGGCUCAGAAUGGGUAUGGAGGGGGAGGGGGGUAUGGUGGGGGCGAGGGGGGGGCAGGUGGCGGGGACUGGGAGGAUGAGGAUGGGGAGGCGGAUUUUGGGUUUGAGGACCCGUGCCCUCCUGGGAACGCAGGGAUGGCAUAUGGCCAGCAACAGCAGUGGCAACAGCAGCAACAGCAGCAGCAGCAGCAGCAGCAGCAGCAGCAGCAGCAGCAGCAACCGCAGAAAGCAGGAGGAGUGGGCAGAGGGGGACGCGUGGGAAGCACGGGGUUUCAGAGGGUUCAGAGCGCAGGGGGGCGGGUGCAAGCAGUGACUAUGGCAGCAGGCAUGGUUCCAGACCAGAGAAGCCGGCAGUUCGUUCGCGCUGGCAGCAGUGCUGCGGCUUAUCAAGGAAACUUCAACCCUGGCGAGGGUGCAACCGGGGGAGGUGUAUAUGGCGAGGGGUAUGGGGAGGAGGAAUACGAGCAAGGAAUGACAGAUGAGUACGGAGGGGGGUAUGGUGGCAUGGAUGGGCAGGGUUUUUCAGGGGAGGCGGAAGAGGAGGUGGAGGAGGAGGAAGUUGGGGACGGGGAGGAGGGUGAGGAAGAGGAGGAGGACAUGUAUGGUGAUCUAGAGACAGAGUUGGAAGCAGCAGCAGUGGCAGAAGCAAGUGGGGGCGUGUAUAGCCAGUCCGCGUCCCCUUGUACCCCUCACAGAGGUGGACCAGGGAAACCCAGAGGGGUAGGGCUUGCAUCAGCCACUGCUGGUGGUGCUGUUGGGAGCAGCAUGAGGAGCAAGGGCCAAGGGGCAGAGGGCAAGCGCAUGGCACGGUGUAUGACUAUGAACGUGGUGGGUUCCGCUGGCUCUGGUGCUACAGCCGCUGCUACAGCCACCACUCCUGGGCGGCACAAGGGCCCUCGGCACACGCGCAGUGGGAGCAGCAGCAGCAGCAGCGGUGCAGGGCUGGCGGGAAACAGUGGCAAGUUCAAGAACCACAUGCAGAGCAGCCCGCCUGGGGGCAACAACAGUGGCAGCAGCAACAACGGUGAGAGCCCUCCUCGGGGCUUCUACAGGCAGGUUGCUGCUGGUGCGGCUGCUCGUGGUGGUAUGACAAGGGCACGCUCGUCGUUGGACCUAGAGGCGAAAGGCAGGCCCUUUCCGUCUUCCUCCUCCUCUGUCAUCUCCGCUGUGUCUCCCCGUCGCCCCACCAGCAGAGGCGCCUCGUCUCUCAUCUCCAUGCCUGUGUCCGCCACUGUUCCUGCCAUGGGUCCCGACGCGCAGGUGCAUGAAGCAGAGGCCAUGGCAGGCCCUAUUCACCCCGGCUCCUACUGGUAUGACGCCUAUGCUGGCUUCUGGGGCAUCAUGGGGGGACCGUGCCUUGGAGUCAUCCCGGACUGCUGUGGGGGCAGCACAGGUGUCGUGGUGAAUGGGCGUGAGCUGACGCCACGGGAUCUGACCAUCCUCAAGGGGAGGGGGUUGCCCAUGGUGCCGGGGUUCUACUCGCUCACCAUUGAUGGCGAGUUGCAUGAUGAGUCCUCGGGCCGCCAUAUUAAGUCGCUCGGAAAACUCGCACCCUCGUAA